AGGUGGGUGGCGUGAGAAUGUGGUAGCGGGAACCACAGGCACUUCCAUGUUGAUUGAUCGAAAGAUGUGAGUCUCUGCUCAGGCUCCUCCUCUCCAAAGAUGAACAUCGGUGUCAGAGGGUUAGUGAGAGAGAGCUAAUCAUUUCUGAUUUUUUGAUAAUUAUUCUGCCACAACAGGCCCGACUGAGAACAUGUCCCGGACAACUAGGACAACUCAAAACUAACCUAUAUGUUUGCUAUUCAACUUUAAGUACUCUGAAAGCGACGACUUCCAGAUAGAACUACGAGUAAGCGCUAGGUGACUUACAAAUAGAAAUAAUACAAAAUGCCGCUUCGUCUAGACAUCAAGAAGCGCCUUUCGGCGCAUUCUGAUAGGGUGAAAUCCGUUGAUUUUCACCCUACGGAACCUUGGGUGCUUUCCGCUCUAUACUCCGGAAAUGUUUACAUCUGGGAUUACAGCACGCAAACUUUGGUGAAGCAAUUCGAAGUGUGCUCCAAUCUCCCAGUACGGUGCGCAAAGUUCGUGGCGAGGAAACAAUGGAUUGUAAUUUUUUGAAUACAUCAUACAUAGUGUUUGGAACGAAGGACCAGCUUUGAAUGAGUUGCUACGUGGUUAGAAUGAAUAAAUGAAUGAAGAAUGUUGUUGAAUUUGUGACGAGAAAACAAUGGAUCGUAUAUCAUAGAAACUGUUCUUUGGGCUUGGAUUGUUUACUUCGUAAUAUCGUCUACUAUUUACACAAUGAAUCGAUCUUCUAUCAAAUUGAAGGUAACCGCCUCCGACGAGAUGCAGAUCGGAGUUUACAACUACAACUCCCUGGAACGUUUGAAGAACAUCGAUGCACAUUCGGAUUAUAUUCGCGCCCUCGCAGUCCACCCGACGCAACCGCACUUGCUGUCCGCGUCUGAUGAUAUGACAAUAAAACUAUGGAAUUGGGAGCAGAAGUGGAACUGCGUCGCCUGUUUCGAAGGGCAUGCACACUAUGUCAUGUGUGUACUACUCUACUUUCACUUUGAAGGUUCUUUAUUAGCAAUUGAUUCUUGAUAAGCGCAUAGACAAGAUGAUGCGGACCACUAUGUUCCUCUCUUUUAUAGACUUUGUCCUUCUACAUCUACCAUCGACUGACCAGGUCCAAUGGAAUCCAAAGGAUACACACAUUUUUGCGUCGGGUUCCCUAGACAAAACGAUUAAAGUAUGGGGAACGUCAGGGAGCAUGAGUGCCCACUUUUCCCUUAGCGGUCAUCAAAAAGGCAUCAACUGUCUUGAGUAUAGCCCAACCGGUGAUAAACCGUACCUUGUGUCCGGAGGCGAUGACAAAACUGUCAGGUAUUUGAUGACAAGUUUGAUAUCUGACUGUAUUAUCUAUGAAGUUAGGCUUCAAGUAGUUUUCCAUUGACGAUGAAUUUGAAUUCGAAUUGCAACCAAAUGGAUCUAUGUAUGGAAAUGCAUUUUUUCUCUCGUGGUACCUACCACGCUUACCUCUCAACGUACAUCAUGAAACAAAACAGGGUCUGGGACUACCAGACGAAGCAGUGCGUGCAAGUGCUAUCAGGGCACCAGAAUAAUAUUUCUACGGUUAUGUUCCAUCCGCAGCUACCAGUUAUCAUAUCCGGAUCCGAGGAUGGAACCGCUCGACUAUGGCAUUCUUCUACCUAUAGACUGGAAGCAACGCUCAACUACCUCUUAGAGCGCUGUUGGUGCGUUACUGCGCUGAAAGGUACUUUUUGAUUUUAAUUUGUCAAUGUGAGUGUCUCCUUAAUAGACUCGAUGACAAAUAGGACCAACAACUACUGUCUCACGAUCCAACUUCUUCAGCUCUUUCUCCAUUCUUUAGCCUGUAGUGGUCCUUGAACACCCAAACGACUUCUUAGCAGGUUCCAACAACGUCGCGGUCGGCUACGAUCUUGGGACGAUCGUUAUUAAACUCGGUGCUGACGAGCCGGUGGUAAGCAUGACCUCGAACGGUAAGAUCGUGUGGGCGAAGGGCCACGAAAUUCAGACCGCGAACUUGAAAUUGUGUGAGGAGGCUGCGGAUGGUGAAAAGCUGAACUUAUCAGUCAAAGACAUGGGCUCAGCCGAGAUCUUUCCGCAGAGCAUCAAGCACAAUCCAAACAGUCGCUUGAUCGCAGUAGUAGGUGACGGAGAAUACGUCGUUUACACGGCACAGGUACUACAGCUUGAAACUUUGUUACUCAUAAGAAGUAGUUGCUUUUCGAAACAUGACUCCUUUGUUCAUUUGACAAGGAAAUAUAUCUACAUCGGCAAAAAUCAGAAUGAUCAGAAACACACCAACUACUUUUUCUCACCCUCAAGUCCCUCAUCAGGCCCUUCGUAACAAAGCGUUCGGAAGUUGUACGGAAUUCGUUUGGUCAUGGGACGGUAACGCUUAUGCGACCAACGACGCAGUAGGAAAAAUUACGGUGUUUCACGACUUCGCAGAGAAGUUCUCCUUCAAUCCCCCCUUUCAAGUAGAGGAAAUCUUUGGAGGAAGAUUACUAGGUACCUACUUUACUAGGUACUUGACAAUGAUGUUGCAAAUCCAAAUUGUACCUUCAUUCUUGUUCUAGUACAUCUACAUCUUGAAUGGUUCUGGUACUAUUUGGUAAUCUGAAUUUGAUCCUAAGGGAAAACAAGAAGAGAACCCUUAGGAUCAAAUUCAGGUUACCAAAUACCAGAACCAUACACUAGUACAUCUACAUUGAAUCUACUUCUUCUAUAUUAUUUUCGUUUUCAACAGGUGUGAAAUCAUCGGAGUACAUCUGCUUUUACGACUGGCAGCAAUUCAAGCUCAUUAGAAGGAUAGACAUUGGCCCCAAGCACGUCUACUGGAACGAAGCUGGUACCUACGUGGCGCUCCUCUGCCACGACUCCAGCUUCGUCCUCUCGCACAACAAGGACGCAUUGACGACGGGAGUUGCGGACGAAGAUGGUAAAACCCAAAUCACUGUUAUCUUUAUCAGGUUUCUUAUAAGUAGAAAAGUCUGAUAAUGAUAAUAGAUUUUAGCUUGCUUCAUAUUUAAUAUAGGUACGAGAUGAGAAGUAGAACUGGUGCUCAUUGACGUAGCGAAUUUUUGGUUUGUACAACUACAACUUCUAGAAUUGUCGAACUCCUUCAAUAGGUCCUCAUGUCAGUAUAAAAGUCAACGUACUUAGUUCUUCGUCAUGUCAAAUAAACUAAAACUGCUUCCCCGCCAGGCAUCGAGUCCGCCUUUGAUUUCCAUAGCGAAAUCGGCGACAAAAUUACUAGUGGUCUCUGGAUCGGCGAAACUUUUGUUUACGUCAACCAAGCCCAGAGGUUGCAGUUCGUGGUGUCUGGGAAGCAAGAAAACAUUGCACAUUUAGACAAGGCGUACUUCAUGCUUGGCUAUCUGGCGGAUUCCAGCAAAGUCUUCCUCCUCGAUCGAGAGAUGAAUAUAGUCAGCUACAGCAUCCCAGCGGCUUUGAUACAGUAUCAAAAGUGCAUAUUGGCAAAAGACUUCGAAGCGUCCCAUCAGCACUUCUUGCAGUUGCCGGAGACGUAUCAUACGAAAGUAGCGAGGUUUCUGGAACAUCAGGGAUAUCCAGAGGAGGCGUUGAAGGUACUAAGUGACUCGUAGCUGAAGAGUGUUCACUUGUUUUUGCAUGAUGAAUCUACCUCUUACUUGUCUGAUGACGAUUUCUUUUCUCGUAGUGAAAACUUAUGUAUUGAUUUACCUCCGAUGACCAAUUCCCAAUCUUGUUUUUAUACCAACCUCGACGACAAGUACAACCAAAUCCCACUACAACCUCGACUACACCUGCAAGAAUACCAACUCAUAUCUUCGAAACCAGAUCUCAAAAGACCGGGAUCACCAGUUGGAUUUAGCCUUGAGUCUCGGCAAACUCGGCUUCGCGAGAGACGUUAUUGCCGCAAGCCAAGAAGAAGGAAGCACAAAUCAGACAGCAAUCAAAGGCAAGUGGAAGACGCUAGGAGACACAGCUUUGGAGAACGGAGAUUUCGACUUAGCAACAGAGUGCUUCAACAAGAGCAAAGAUUUGUCUGCGCUGCUGCUGAUUCAGACGGCGGCGGGUACUUUACUAGAUUACUUAUGAUUAUAUCACAAAACCACUUGGUAAUGGUAGUUCGGUUUUUUUGUAUGUUAAAAACUGAUUUUUAUGUUCCAUGCUUUCAUAUUAUUUAUAGGGAAAAUCAAUAAUUCAGAUUCAUUCCUUUGUUUUUUCCCAUCUUCAGGUGACGCAACCGGUUUGCGCAAGACCGCUGAUGAAGCGAGGGCCAGCGGCAAAGCCAAUAUCGCUUUUCUCGCCUAUAUGCUCUUGCAGGAUGUCGAAGCCUGUCUAGACAUUUUCCUUGAGACCAACAGGCUUCCAGAAGCCGCUUUUUUCGCUAGAAGCUACUGUGCCUCACGAAUCCCAGAAGUCGUCAGACUAUGGAGAGAAGACUUGAGGACUGUAAAUGAGAAACUGGCAGGAAGCAUCGCCCAUCCGGAGGAGUGUCCGGACUUGUUCCCAGACUACGAAAGCCAAAAAUUAGCGGAAAAAGUAUUUGCGAAGACGAGGCUGAGCGUGUUGCCAGCAACGAAAUACACAUCAGUGAGGGAGAAAACUUAUGAGUGUGAUUACAACUAGAAUGAUGUCUCCCGAUUUUAGUUCUUGUUGAUGAAGGAAAAGCAGAUACAACUAGUUACAUAGGGACUACUACAAGUACAACUAGGGUCAACAUUGAUGAGUGAAUAACGCUUUUCUCUCUUUUUCAGGUUGAAUAGAUACUUCUCGUCGAAGUAACUGCUCCACCCUCUUCUAAUAAACAAAAGACCUGAACGUGUUGGAACAGAUAGCAGCUCAAGGAGGCGCUGCCUUCGAGAAGGCAUGGGGGGAAGACCUCGGUCUCGGCGACAUCUAUGGAGGUACAAAACCAAUUACUAGGACUGCACCAGCCGCAGUCGCGCCAGUAGCAGCUGCGACUAGUAGUCCUUCGAAUAUCCCAAAAACAGGACCAGGAGCUACAUCACCUUCAGAAACGCCAGCAGCAGCGCCAACAAGUCCAACAAAGGCACCUAGUGCAGGAGCUGCUUCCCCUGGUGGUGGCGCAGUAAGUAGCACUGCGGGAGUGCCAGUGUCUAGAACAUCUCCAUCCCUAGGUGGUGGAUUAGCAGAAGCAGGUGUAGGAGGAGACAGUAGUAUACCACCAGCUGGAGUAGAAGAGGCUUCCUUCAAUCCGCCAAGUAGAACAGGUGGCUCUGCGUCAGGCGGAGAAAACUCCGAGCAAUCGCCUAGUACUGAUUCAAAAGAAGGGUCCUAUGAACUCGUACAGGAUUCUGGAUGAAGUAUUUAGAUUAUUACUUCAUAUUAAUUUGAAUAAACGCUCCUGACCUAAAAAACUUUCCUGAUGAAGAUUGAUUGUUCCCUCUACAUGUACAACAUCUACAUGAUACCCCAUGACAACACAUCAUCGUCGUUCUCAACACUAAAACUUAAACUUUCAAAAAGACUACGAGGAUCUACAUUAAAAACAUGUGUCGAGGUACGCCACCCCACCUCAAGUACGUGUGAAAGGACGGUACGUAUAGGUGGUCUCCCUCAAUCACGCCCCCAUUUUCCCCCCUUCGGUAUCCCAAUCUGAAGGACGUCCUGUUCACCUAGACAUGGACUCACUCUCACAUUGUAGAAAAACUUUUUUGAUAAUUCCUUUCAUGUAAGUAAAAACUAGACAACUACUUCACGUAACUUGAUUCCUUAAGAAAGCUCAGUCUUUUGUUUGAAAGAGUGUAAAAGGCUUUGGUCUUCUUCGGUUUCUAUCAUUAUGCUACACGAAGCGCGGCUUUGCGUACCUCAAUGCGGCCAGAGUCUCAAAGAAUUCAGAUGAAUGGUAGCUGGCGGAUGUAUGAAACACCAGAAUGAGACAAAGCAAUACAACGUUUCGAAGAAGCUGAAGUAACGUGAUUCUCCAUAAGAAAAAAUGGAAGAGGACAUCAUGUAAAAAAAUGCGAU